AUGGAAGGGGAAUCUGCAGCAGUGUCAGGCUCACGACCUCCAAGCCCUCCCGCGACGGCUACUAGUGGCACCUUGUCGCGAACGCAGCGAGGGGCAAUCGCGGCGCAGGCCUGCGGUACCUGCAGGUCAAGAAAGCAGAAAUGCGACGAGCAGAGGCCCAAGUGUGGCACAUGCGUCAAGUUCAAGCUGGACUGCCGCUACCGAGAGCCCCAGCCCACCAAGAAGGACAAGACCCUGGUUGAGAUUCUGGAGCGAAUCAAGUCUCUCGAGGGCAAGAUAGACAACUUGACUGCCCAAGGCCUGGCAGUCAACUUCCAAUCCUCAUUCUCGGGCGAUGCGUUGGUGCAGACGCCAGCACCCAUCGGGAGCGUCCGUGGGAGCGUUGCGAGCGCCAGCGGCAGCAGCACCUUCGUCUCCGGCCUGCCUUCAGACGCCGCGCUGUCGUCCGGGAACGCGACCAACUACAGUUAUGUAUCUUCAGUGCACGCAAUGCUGGCUUGGCCUGCCGUUCAGGAGAUAGUAAAGGUCAUACUUCCAAAUGUGCCCGGCCGCGACCAAGGUUCUCUCCUGGAGCAGGAAGGCAUUUCCAUCCUACAGAAACCAGGGACCUCGUUACCGUCGGCCACGAACGGGCGGAGACGCAGCCGAGCUGCGUCAAAUCUUGAGAACCCAGUUGCUCCCGACUCUCCACCUGCCACUCAGGUGUUGAACAGUCUGACCUGGGACUCGGUCCAAGUUCUUACCAAGGCCUUCUUCGACACGUUCAACCUCCUGCACCCCAUUGUGGACCGCCAGGCCUUCACAUCCACAACUCUCCCGGCAAUGUUGACCAACGGGCUCGUGUUUGACGAAAGCAUCCAGUCGACAUUGACCUAUCUAAUCUUUGCUCUGGGCGAGGUUGCAAUCGAUGCAUAUUCGCAUCCCGGAGGCGUGAAUGGACGCACCGCAUCGCAGCAUCCUGGCCUGGUGUUCUUUAACGAGGCACGGAGACGCAUGGGUUUCAGUCUGACUGAAUGUAGUUUGGAAAAUGUCCAGGUCUUUGCUCUCGCAGGCAUCUACUACGAGACGUGCUCCCGCCAUAUGGACUUUUGGCGAAUGACGAAUUCUGCUUCGUCGGCCUGUCAAGCCCUGAUCUCCAGCAACCCAGGGGAACUUACCUCGGCACAAGGGGACAUUAUUCGGAGAGCAUUUUGGCACUGCUCGAUCAUGGAGACCUGCUUCAAUCUGGAAUUAGGCAUGCCACUGAGCGGGUUAGAUAAAUAUGAGACCCUGGUUCGAGUGCCAGACUUUGGGGGCCUGGUCUCUCAAGAGGACCAUACCAGCCACUUUCAGGAACACUUUGCCUCGCAAAUUGUGCUGCGCCGACUCUCGGCUGACUUCAACAACGUGCUCAGCAGCGUAUCAACUUCGCCCGCGUCCUCGAUAUCGUCCUCCUCGUCACCUGCGCCGGCGAUACCCGGUGCUAUGAAGCCACUUGUUAUGCAACUCGAUCAAUGGCGUGAGUUGUUGCCCUUGCACCUUCGCUGGGUAGAACGCGACCAUGGGAACUUCCUCCCGCCGGGGCAUGACGUGUAUGGCACUUCGUUGUUCCAAGGCGCCACUCCCGUGACGGCGCCGUCACCUGCUCUCCCCACCGCGACGCCUCCUGUCACAUCUGUCACCUCUGUUACGUUCACGCCGGACCUCAACAGCCACCCGGUAGCUUAUCCAUAUGCUAUGGACAUUCAGAUCGCGCUGCUCCGCACGCGGUACUACACCACAAGACUGCUACUUUACAGGCCAUUUUUAUACAAGGCGCUCCAUCAUCCCGACCAGAUGAACAACGAGGACGCGGACGGGGUUGCGAACUGCCUCAACACUUGUCUCAUGUGGCCAAUCAUCAUGUCUCCUGCCUGCACGCGGAAGCUGCUCAUCCCCUGCCUGUUCUUCUGGACGCAGAAUAUCCUCGGCGCGCUCGUUAUCUUGUACUUGAGCGAGAAGGUACCAAUCCUGGCAAGGAUCAGAGCCAGCGGCAUCUGUGGCACGAACUUCGAGGCCGACGCGCACGAGACAGUCAGACUGGGCUUAGAAUGGAUUGACGACCUGAGGGUGGUGGACCGGGAAGCUGAAUGGGCCUGGGGCGUUGCCAAGGGGAUAUUCGGGCUGGACACCUGA